CGUCCGCCCCGCCCCGCCUCGCCCUUCCCGCCGGGCGGGGCCCUGCCGCGGCCAUGGCGGCGGAGACGCUGAUGGUGCUGUACGGGGACGGCUCGGUGGAGGUGCGGUACGCCGGGGGGUCCCGCUUGCUGCUGUCCCCCUGCGGCUGCGAGUACCUGCUGGAAGCGGCGCGCCCCGCCGCUGCCCACCCCCUGCAGCCGGCGGAGACCGCCCGCCAGCGGGUCGCCUUCGUUGUCAGCGCCUACCGGGAAAAACUUCUGCGAGCUCUGGAUUUCCGGAACAAGUUUUCUUCUCGCCCGUACUUACCUUCACAUGUUCUACCUCCUGAAAGAAAAAAGAUUCUUUUCAGUGAUAUCUUACAAAUCAGAUGGCCUGACCCUGCUACAGCUGAGCUGACAAGAUGCAUAGACAAUGGCAGUGUGAGGAUCUCGUCAGUAGAUGGUUACGCUCACCUAUACCUGUCAGAAUUACAGCAAGAAUUUACAGUGGAGUUCUUAUGCAAAGUCAGCCAGUCAUCUGCAGCAUCCCUUCACUCCUCUCAAAAGAACAACAGCUAUCAAACCAGAGAUCAGUAUGGAAAAUCAAAUAAAAAUUCUGUUGCAGAAAUGACACUGAAACAAAUGAGAAUAGAGGAUAAAAACAAUGAACGUGGUUGUGCCAAAGGUAAACAGAGAGAACCAACCAAACCACAGGACCAAAAGUACGGAGAUGGAGUCCCUUUAUUCUACUCAAAUUGUUCUUCUGAAUACACAUGGGUUACACAGUGUUGGUCUGUUUCCUCCUACCCAGAAGAAUGGAAAUACCCUUUGUCGUUGGCACUAAUGUGCUGUAACUUACAUACUGGUAAGACGUGUGAGAGAAACAACCAUACAUCAACAGAAGCUGGUGUUUUAAUGGACCCCGAAGCACUUGAAACAGUUUCUCAUUUGCCUGCAGCUUUGCCACUCAGCUGCAGAGCCCCACACUUACACAGGUGGACUUUCUGUGACUUCUUUCAGAACCAAGAUACUGAAAAAUAUUCAUGCCCUCAGCUAAUUCAAAUUGUAUGGUGCCAGGGUGUAUUUUAUAGAUUUAUCCAUGGUAGGACAAACAUCACAGAAAUUUAUCCUGGUGAUGACUCAUUUUUCAAGUCAGAGGGAGCGUUUUUGGGAAACUAUUUCAUACAUUAUGCAAUCCACAAAGGAACAAAAAAGAGAGAAGAAAAGAUGUAUUCAGUAAACAGCCUACCUCCUGAUGUACCAGGAAAUCCAUACUCUAUAUCCUCCAUUAUUACUCAGGCAACCAAAAUACUUCAGUACUGCUACAAGACUAAACUAUCAUUAACUCAUAACUAUUAUCUCUGCUGCUGGAAAAUGGUACCUGAGACAGAUGGACGAGAAAUGUUACCAGUUUUGCUGUAUGAAAAGGUUAUUCCCAGCAUGGGAAGACUCAUUGUGUACUCAGAUCAUAAAGUCCAUGCUGCUUUUUGGGAUGGGACUACCCUGAUUAUGGUCUGGGAUUACAGCUCAUCCUGUAGUAUGAUCCAGGUAAAUGAAGAUGUAGGCUGGUGUAAAUUAACUACUCCUGAUGGGGUACAGCAGCUAGUACAAAUAAGUCAUCCUGGAAUCUAUGAAAGGUACAUCAGAACAGCAAUAGAAUGGUGCAGAAGUUUGAAUGGAAGGAAGGAGAUUCCCGAAUAUGCUGCACACUCUGUAACUGAAGAAAAUUGGUCUGCUGAUGCUGAGCUGAAAAAAAUACAGAGAUUUAACUUUUUAUUGGAUAAUAUCACUGUUCUGGAAAGGACAUCUGCUGCAAAAAACACUCCAUCUGGUAUUAGUGCCAGAAAAACAGAAAACGGGAGUGAGCCGGAAGAAGUCGAUAAAGUGUGUGUCUCGGAGGCUUUGGAAAAAACUUCUAAAGUAAUUCAAGAUAUUGAGUCUCUGCUUUCAGCUUUUGGGAAGUGAAACCUCUUAGCAUGUGAAGACCUGUGUUCUCUAUCUUCACAGGAGCUGUCUCAGCUAUGUCUGAGGAGGCUUUGAGGUGCCAGAGGAAAGAAGCCUGAAAGCAGAGUGAUGAGUUGUCAUUGUAAUACCACAGCAGACUGGCAAAUUCUGUCAGUUGCCAUUAUUAUGCUGCAGUUCUAUAUUGUGUAUGGGCAAAAAGAACAGGCGAAAUAAUAGAGCACAGCUGUAUAAAUAGAUCAGGGUUAACAGUGCUGCUUUUAAAUGUAUGAAUGUCUGUUUGAAUUGUUUAAUUUUAUGGAGGGUUGUGCAAGUAACAUGGUUCAUGGCUGAAGUGAUGGGUAGGGAUAAGCAGUUUUAAUUAAAAAUGUGGUUUCAUUUAGAAGCUUAUACCGAGUAGUUCAAUAUUGAAUAAAAAGUUUCCCAAACUUUA